AUGGCACCCUCACCACGCAUCGUCAUCAUCGGCGCCGGUAUCGUCGGUGCGAACCUCGCCGAUGAGCUGGUCUCUCGCGGAUGGACCGACAUCACCGUCGUCGAGCAGGGACCUUUGCAGAUGCCCGGCGGCUCGACGUCACAUGCUCCGGGCCUUGUCUUUCAAACCAAUCCGUCCAAGACGAUGACCCAUUUCGCACAGUACACGGUUGAGAAACUCCUAUCUCUAGAGAAUGACGGGCAGAGCUGCUUCAACAAGGUCGGUGGCCUGGAGAUCGCCACCACACCGGAGAGACUCGAGGAUCUGAAGCGGAAGCAUGGAUAUGCGUCCGCGUGGGGAAUAGAGGCACGACUCGUUACGCCAGAGGAAUGUACAAAGCUGUACCCGCUUCUGAACAAGGAAAUUGUGCUUGGGGGUCUGCAUAUCCCCAGUGACGGUCUGGCGCUUGCAGCGCGGGCAACACAACUGCUGAUUGAACGGACGCGGCAGGCAGGCGUGCGAUACCUGGAGAUGACUCCCGUCACCGGUAUCGAAAAGACGAAGAAUCGCGUCACCGGCGUCAAGACGUCCACCGGAGUCAUCGGGGCGGAUAUCGUCAUCUCCUGCGCAGGGUUUUGGGGCGUCGAGGUGGGCGCCAUGGCCGGCGUGCCAAUCCCCCUCCUACCUCUGGCGCACCAGUACGCCAAAACCACCCCUGUCGCGGCGCUGGCAGGUCGCAACAUCAACAACCGCCCCAACGGGCUGAACGCCGCAUUCCCCAUCCUCCGUCACCAGGACCAGGACCUCUACUACCGCGAGCACGGCGACGCAUACGGCAUCGGCUACUACGGCCACCGCCCAAUGCCCGUCGAGGCCGCCUCGCUCGGCUUUACACCCAAGCAGGUCGACGAGAAGAACAUGCCGUCCAGGCUCGACUUCACAGCCGAGGACUUCGCACCGGCCUGGACAGAAACGCAGAACCUCCUCCCCGCUCUCCGCCAAUGCCAGAUCGCCGACGGCUUCAACGGCAUCUUCUCGUUCACGCCAGACGGCGGGCCGCUCGUUGGGCCCGCCCCCAAUCUCGAAGGCUUCUUCGUCGCAGAGGCUGUGUGGGUGACGCACUCGGCGGGGGUGGCGCGCGCACUGGCCGAACUGCUCACCCAGGGCUCCUCGAGCAUCGACCUCGCCGAGUGCGAGCUGUCCCGGUUCGAGGAGGUGCAGCUGAGCCGUGCCUACGUCAAGGAGACCUCGUCGCAGAACUUCGUCGAGAUCUACGAUAUCCUGCAUCCGGUGCAGCCGCGUGAGUCGCCGCGGCAGUUGCGGGUGAGUCCGUUCUACGUGCGGGAAAAGGAAUUGGGCGCGUUCUUCCUCGAGCUGGGCGGGUGGGAGCGGCCGUUCUGGUACGACGCGAAUGAGAAGCUCGUUCAGUUUCUUCCGCCCGCGUGGCGGCCGGUUGAGAGGGAUGCCUGGUCGGCGCGGUACUACUCCCCCGUGGCGGCGGUUGAGGCAUGGAAGACGCGGAACGCGGUGGCAAUGUACGAUAUGACUUCCUUCCACCGGUUCGAGAUGUCCGGGCCCGGUGGGACGGAGUUGCUGCAGCGGUUGACGACAAGCGAUGCACCGGAGCUGGGACAGAUCACUUACACUCUCCUCCUGAACGAGCGGGCCGGAAUCCGCAGCGACAUUUUUGUGAUUAGGCUCGGGGAGGAACUGUUCCAGAUCGGCGCAAACACAGCGAUUGACCUUGCGUAUCUCUCCCGCGAAGCUCGGCGACAGUCACAAAAAUCUCCAACGCAAUGGGUUCAGGUGCGCGACGUAACAGGACACACCUGCUGUCUCGGCCUCUGGGGCCCUCGCGCCCACGAUGUCAUCCGGACGCUAACGACAGACGACCUCUCCAACACUGGACUGCCAUAUAUGCAUGCUAAGAACGCCACCAUCGCCGGUAUCCCCGUCACAGUCCUCCGCAAAUCCUACGUCGGCGAGAGCGGGUGGGAAAUCCAGACGAGCGCCGAGUACGGACUGCGCCUGUGGGAUAUUCUCUGGGUUGCGGGCCAGCCGCACGGUCUCAUCGCCGCGGGACGCGCGGCCCUCAACGCCCUGCGACUGGAGAAGGGGUAUAGGACUUGGGGGGUGGAUAUGAACAGCGAGCAUGACCCCUUCGAAGCGGGGGUGGGUUCCGCGGUGCAGAUAAAUAAACAGGUGGACUUCGUGGGUAAGGCUGCGGUGCAGCGACUUGCAAGGAGACAACCUGUGCGUCGUCUGCGGUGUUUGACAAUCGACGAUGGACGGUCGACGGUGAUGGGUAAGGAGCCGGUGUUUUGGAACAACAAGGCCGUGGGGUACGUGACUACCACUGUGUUUGGGUAUACGAUUCGCAAACCUAUUGCGUAUGCUUGGCUUCCUGCAUCGAUCCAAGAGGGCGAAGGGGUGGAGGUGGAAUAUUUUGGGAGAAGGAUUAGGGCUACGGUUACGAAGGAGCCGGUUUAUGAUCCUAACGACCGGGUGCUUCUGGGAGGAGAAAUCUUUGCUGGGGCCGAGGUGAAGCCGUUGAAGCAUCUUCUGUAG